CACCUGACAGUCGCAGCGGCAGGAGCUCUGCCUUGGACACCUGCGAGGGCUUACAGAGGCUCAAAGCGAACAAAACGAGAAUGGAAGAUGAAGGACGAGUGAAAAUGGGAACCAAACGGAUGUAAUGCUGGGUCCUAUACGGGAGAUAACGGUUGUUGUGUUGAAACAAAGUUGGCCCACCAAGACGCAGAGGUAAUCGGACUUUUUUUUUUAGGGCUGCGAACUGGAAACUUGUAACCUGCGCCCAAGCACUUGCUGUUUUUGCCUGUCGACUGAAUCUGGUGAUGGAGGGGGACGAAGAAGAAGAAUAGCCGGCAGCUCUGGAGUCCCUAUGAAAUGAACGAAACGCACACGCGCUUCUUGCCAAGCAAGCUCCCCUCCUUUCUCUGCCUUCUUUUUUUCCCCAGGCGGUGGAAGGGGGAGAACUUCUCCCCUGAAUGGGCUCCCAAAUAGGAAGCCCGAGGAGCCUCAGAUGCGCGUCGAUUUCCAGGCAUCACGUGUUAAAUAGUUGCUAUAAAUCCCCACACCCGCAGUAGAGGGGGCGGGGGAGAGAUCCAGGGGAGGUCUAGAGAGAAGGAAAGGGGGGUUGGUUGAUGGUGGCUUGAUUUUUUUUAAAGACCAGCCCUCUCCAGAGCCCCCCUUUGUUCCGCUCCCAGACUUAAGCACCUUCCGGGCUCGCCCAGGGGCUUUUGCAGAGGCGACUCGGCCCCAGGAGGACCGGCUCCGCAGAGCGCACGAAGAGAGCGCACAGAGCCAGAGAGCGCAGCCGGGAGUCACAGCCAGCCAGCCCGCGCGCCUCCGAUCCUCAACCAUGUCUCGCUCGUUCUAUGUGGAUUCGCUCAUCAUCAAGGACCCGGCUCGGCCGGCUCCCUCGUUGCCGGAUCACCACCACCCGCCCCCCGGGCAGGACUUCCUCAUCCCGCUGGGCGUGCCGUCGCCGCUGGUCAUGUCGGUGGCGGGCGGGCCGGCGUGCCCGUCGCGCAAGAGCGGCGCUUUCUGCGUGUGCCCGCUGUGUGUCAGCUCGCACCUGCACGCCUCUUCCCGGGCGGGCGCGGCAGGAGGAGCCGGAGGAGGAGGAGGAGCGGGCGCCGCUGCCGCCAUCCCGCUCCUCAAGGGCCACUUCCCUCCCGCUGCGGCCGGCGAGGGCCAGUAUUGCCCCCGCCUGAGCCAUGCCCAGCAGCAGCCAGCCCCGCAGCAGCAGCAGCAGCAGCAGCAAGCCGGCUCGGUGGCCUCCGCGGCGGCCGCAGCAGUGGCAGCAGCGCACGCCCUGGGCCACCCACCUGUCUGCGCAGCGGCCGCCUACAGCAUGAGCGACCCCCGGCGAUUCCACUGCCUCGGCAUGGGAGGCUCGGAUGCCAGCCAGUUGCAAAACGGCAAGCGGAUGCGCACGGCCUUCACCAGCACGCAGCUGUUGGAGCUGGAGAGGGAGUUCUCGUCCAACAUGUACCUGUCCCGGCUGCGUAGGAUCGAGAUCGCCACGUACCUCAACCUGUCCGAGAAGCAGGUGAAGAUCUGGUUCCAGAACCGGAGGGUGAAGCACAAGAAGGAAGGCAAAGGGACCCAGAGGAAUCCGCACGGCGGCUGCAGCUGCACCGGCAACCCGGGACGUUACUCCAGGUCCGAGGACGAAGAGUCGCUCUCGCCGGCCUCGGCUAACGAAGACAAGGUCUCCCCUUUAUGAAAAGGCUCCCCUUGGACUUCUUGACGGGCGAUCGCAGGCAGAGGCAGCCAAUUUGAGCCGGCGGGGCCUUCUGCAAAGAAGAACAGACUCCUAAGGGCUCUGUCCACGGGCCUAGUGCUAGAUUUUGUUGAAUGUAAAUGAACGUUCAGUUGAAACGGUAUUUAUAAUGUAACACAAACAGCUGCAAGGCUGUUCCCCGCCCUCCACUCCCAGUUAACACACAGUUCUGCCUUCCCCUCUUAAGGGGGUGGGAGAGGAAAAUCACCUUUUCUCUUUCUUCCUCCCCACAAAUAUCAGUUCCUUCUUCCUUCCAGGGUUUGUGGGGGAAAGUUUAGAAACUGGAAUUGGAAAAAAAAUACUGUCUGAGACUCUUUUUUUUUGGUACAGAUCUUUAUAUGAAAUGGAAAAUAAUAAUAAUAAUAAUCCGAAUUAUAGUUGUUCGGUGCUCUCCUUUGUAUGUGAAUAGUUUUAUAUUAAAUUUAUAUUUAUAUUUAUUUAAAUAAAGGAGUUCAGACAAGAA